AUAAAAAGAACAAAACUUUUAUUUAAAUCACUAUUUUAAAAUGGAAAACUCAACAAUGCCAUUCAAGUUAUCUGUACACUUUCUACAGUCCCCACACACCUGCUAUUCUAGAAUGUCUAAGUGCUUUCUAACUGUCCAGUCCUGCCACACCUUGAGUUUCAGUGAAUGACUUUUCUGAACUACACAGAAAUGAAGACCUUUUGUAAGGAACUUCUCCAGAGACUUCUUCACCACUAGGUAUCUCUUUCUGCUUCUGCCCUUUGAUUCUUCCUCCCCUCCAACUCCUCAGAGGAGUACUCUAAGCGUCAAGCUAGUGAGUUUGGGCUGUGACCUGUUAGCAAGGGCCACCAGUUUGAGGUUUUGAUCCAAGGACACAAAGAGUGGCAUGGUGAAUACAGGCUGCCUCUUCCUUUGAGACUGGAAGGAAAGGUGAAGGGCGGGUCAAGGUCCUGGGCUGCUAGGGAUCUUCCUGACCCUAAAAGUGGCCAUGAAAUGAAAAAGAAUAUCCUGGAGAAAUAGGCCAAAGGGAGACAUGACAGGAUUUAGUUGACGUCCCGAUGGAUGGAGCACAGUUGGUAAGGGUGAGAAUGAAGAUGACUUCUAACUUUUUAAUCUGAUUGACCGGGAGAAACACAGAGUAAGUCAUGAGAAGUCACAGAAGCCACGAGAAGUGUCACACUGGGGGUGGAAGAUGAUGAGUUCAAUUUGGUGCCUGUCCAGUUGAGAGUGGAAAUCCCCAGCAAGGAACUGGAAUUGUGGAGGUAACCCUCUAAAGACAGCCUAAGACUGAAGACAGAGAUCUGGGUAUAACUCAGGAAACAUAGCUGGAGCCGUGUAAACCAUGAAGGCUCCAGGGGCAGGACAUGGAAAGAGAACAUAAGACUCAACCUUGAGUAUUGGAGGAGGAACCUGUAGGUUGGGAUGUAGGGGCAGUGGAAGAAGAAGAGACUGGAGUGGUCCAGGCCAUAAGAGGCCUUCUGUUCCAUGGUUAAGAAUUUGGACUUGACUUAUAGACAAUGGGCAGUCAUUGAAAGCUUAAAUUGGGAAGUGAAACAGUCAGAUUUGUGUUUCAGAGGCACUGGUGUUUCUUUUUAAAAGAAGGAUUUCAUGAUUCGAAGGAUUGUUAGAGUGGAGAAUGACCAAAGGUAGGUGUUGAAAGGCUGCUGCAGUAAUCCUGGUGAGAGGUGAUGGGGUCCUGGACCACUGGAUGAUGAGCUAGGGAGGAAGGGAGCGGGAUUUAGGGGAUUUAGAAAAGUAGAUGCAAUGCUUAGAUAAGGGAGGUAAAGAAAGAGUCUAGGAUUGCUGCCAGGUUUCAUCUUGAGUCACCUUUUUGUUCAGGAAAAGCCUAGAAUUGUUGCCAGGUUCCCUCCUGCCCCACCUUUUUGCUCAGGAAGAGUCUAGGAUUGCUGCCAGAUUCCCUCCUGAGUCACCAUUCUGCUCACGUCCAGAUUAACCCCCCUAAAAUUCUGCUAUAGCUUUGUCUCCCCCCUGCUCAAUACACCUUCAUUGCUCUCCAUCGCCUUCAGAGUUGACCGUGAAUGGGCACAGCUCUAUAUUUGGUCCAGAUCUUCCCCCACCACAAUCACUAUACGUGUGGUGCUUACUUCAGCCCAGUGCAACCCCCUCUGCCCCCACGGCCUGCCCCAUGGGGCUGUUUGAACGGACAUUUAUCCAUCAUAGGGCGUUUAGAAGUUGAACUAAGCUAAAAUGUCAAGUUUCUUUCCUUUUCUCCUCCCCCAGAUGUGUAUCAACUCAAUAUGAUAAUACGGUUUACUGAUUAGUAGUUAAAUAUCUAUGAUGUAUAGAAAUGGGGAAGUAAAUGUUUUCUUUCUUAAUGUAUGCCAAGAAUGGGAGAUUGUGGAGAAAAACCUCUCAAAACAUGGAUUCAGAUAAUCAAAUAAGUCCCUUGUGAUGAUAAGGUUGAGAACCACCAUUCUAUAUUCCAGUCCAAUGGACCACUUUGCUGCUGUUUCUUUCCCAAGCCUACUUGUAUUUGCCUGUCCUCCCAGAACUGUUGAAUGCAGCUAUCUCUGCCUUAAAUUCCCUCCCCAUCAUCUCCUAGUACCUGAAUCCUCUGCAUUCUUUAGGGACCUUAUCGGAAGUCUGUCCUCCCACCUGAGACCUCCUAAGUAGAGUGCUCUUUCCCUUUCUGCAGCCUCUGGCACCUCCCAGGCACUAGGGCUGCAUGUUCUGCCCCCUCUCAAACCAAGCCACUGCAGGUGGGAAUGAUGUCUGCGCAUUUCGCAGGACCUCACUCAGCGCUUAGAAAACGGCAAACAGCGUGGAAAUGGUGCCGAGGGAUAUAACCCCGUAGCCCCCGGAGCCCGCCCCUUCGGCGCUGCCUGUCGGGCCACUGGGCGGGUGCUGAAUUCAUUUCCACCUCAUUAACUCGGCCCCAGGCCCGCCCCCGCCAGCUCCCGCUUCUGUUCCCCAUCCCUGACACGACCGCCUCCUUUUUCUUCCUUCUCUUUUCCUCUGUCACCUUGCCAGCUCGGCUUCUAUCGCUUCGCCUAUCGUCUCUCCAUCUCUUUCUCCUGAGUCUGUCUGGGUCUCUGUCUUUGGGUGUUGCUCUCUGCCCCGUUCCUGCAGCUGUCUGGGGCUCCGCUUCGUUGCUCCACACGCCCCGCCCCCUGCCCAGGCCCCUCCAAUCCCGGCGGCUCGGGCCUGGCGCUCCACGUUCCCAUUGGUCUGUCCGGAGCCCCCCGCCCCCGCCCGCCCGGCCCCUCCAGGUCCCUCCAUUCACGCAAAGUUUGGCUCUGCGCUGCGGAGGGAGGGGGCGGCCCGGCCCGGCCCAGCUCUGCCCCCGGCCGGCCCGACCCCAGCCCUGGCCCCUGGACCAGCCCUUAUCUGAUCCCAGCUCCGGGUUUAAGAGUCCUGGCCCUGCCGGUUGCACAGCUCCGUUCCUCACGCCUGCCCGCCCCGUCCGUCCGUCUGUCCCGCUGCCCAUCCGAGGGGCCACUCCACCCUGGACCCAAGAUGACUUCGGUUGCCAAGGUGUAUUACAGCCAGACCACUCAGACGGAAAGCCGGCCCCUAAUGGGCCCAGGGAUCCGGAGGAGGAGAGUCCUCACUAAAGAUGGCCGCAGCAACGUGAGAAUGGAGCACAUCGCUGACAAGCGCUUCCUCUACCUCAAGGACCUGUGGACCACCUUCAUUGACAUGCAGUGGCGCUACAAGCUGCUGCUCUUCUCUGCCACCUUCGCAGGCACCUGGUUCCUCUUUGGUGUAGUGUGGUAUCUGGUAGCCGUGGCCCACGGGGACCUGCUGGAGCUGGGCCCCCCGGCCAACCACACCCCCUGUGUGGUACAGGUGCAUACACUCACCGGGGCCUUCCUCUUCUCCCUUGAGUCCCAGACCACCAUUGGCUAUGGCUUCCGCUACAUCAGUGAGGAGUGCCCACUGGCCAUCGUGCUUCUUAUUGCCCAGCUGGUGCUCACUACCAUCCUGGAAAUCUUCAUCACAGGUACCUUCCUGGCAAAGAUUGCCCGGCCCAAGAAGCGGGCGGAGACCAUCCGUUUCAGCCAGCACGCAGUCGUAGCCGCUCACAAUGGGAAGCCCUGCCUUAUGAUCCGAGUGGCCAACAUGCGUAAGAGCCUCCUCAUUGGCUGCCAGGUGACAGGCAAACUGCUUCAGACCCACCAGACCAAGGAGGGUGAGAACAUCCGCCUCAACCAGGUCAAUGUGACUUUCCAAGUGGAUACAGCCUCUGACAGCCCCUUCCUCAUCCUCCCCCUUACUUUCUACCACGUGGUAGAUGAGACCAGUCCCUUGAAAGACCUCCCCCUCCGCAGUGGUGAGGGCGACUUUGAGCUGGUGCUGAUCCUAAGUGGGACAGUGGAAUCCACCAGUGCCACCUGCCAGGUGCGCACUUCCUACCUGCCGGAGGAGAUCCUUUGGGGCUAUGAGUUCAUACCCGCCAUCUCGCUGUCAGCCAAUGGCAAAUACAUAGCAGACUUCAGCCUUUUUGACCAAGUGGUGAAAGUAGCCUCUCCAAGCGGCCUCCGUGACAGCACUGUACGCUAUGGAGACCCUGAAAAGCUCAGGUUGGAGGAGUCGCUAAGGGAGCAGGCUGAGAAGGAGGGCAGUGCCGUUAGUGUGCGCAUCAGCAAUGUCUGA